GGGUGUAUCUGGUAGGAGAGUAUGCUGAUCAGCAGCAGCAGUUGACUGUGCAGCUGUCGGCAGUGCCUGUGUGAGCAAGAGAGGGAGUGAGAAAGAAAGACAGGGAAAGAAGGAGUGAGGAAGGAGCAAGAAAGAAUAGGAAGAGAGAGAAAAGAAAAGGGAUACAGGAAUCAUGUUGUGCUGCAUUAGAAGAACUAAACAGGCUGAAAAGAAUGAUGAUGCUAAUGCGAAAGCUGAGCAAGAGACUACCAAACCUGAAGACAAGGCUCACAAGGCUGCCACCAAAAUCCAGGCUAGCUUCCGUGGCCACAUAACACGGAAAAAGCUGAAGGGGGAGAAGAAAGGAGAGUCAGCUGUGGCAAUAAAAGUUGAGGACGCAGAGAAAAAAGAUGACGGUAAAAAAACAGAGCCCAUUAAGGAGGAAGAGGCAACAGCAACGGAACCAGCUACAUCUGGUUCUGAAGGGAAAACAGAAGAGGUAGAAAAGCCAACAAGCAAUCCUGAGGCAACCCCCUCUGAUGCUGAGAAGGCAUCAGAGGCUAAAGAAGCUCCCACGGAAAACUUGGAAAAAGCAACGGCAGCAGUGACAGAACAAAAGACCACGAAUGGUGAAAAGGAUGUCAAGGAAACAGGAAGCGACGCAAGUACGGCCACUGAAAGUACUCCACCUUCAAAUGUUACCUCCAGCCAGGAAAAGGAGAAGAAACCAGUAGAAGUGCCUGCCACUGAGGCCAGUGAAGAAGCAACAAAGGCUCAAACUGAGACAGCUGCUAGUAGCACAGCACCAGAGAAAACAGAUUCUGCAGAUGAAAGUAAACCUUCUGAAAGUGCCCAAAAUGAAGACGUUAAAGAUGAUGAAAAGAAGGCCACCGAGGAAAAUGCCUGAAGAUGCAAGGUCCCCAGCCCCAGCUACUCUCUCCCCUUUGAUGUGUGGACCAUUCCCCAUAUGGCUAAAGGCGGGAAAGUUUUCCAGUCAAACAGUGUGGCUUAAUUUAAAUGUUCUUGGUGUUGUUCUGGCAGUUUGAUGACCAUCAUUUGGAAUUCUUGCACUGUACAAAUUUUCUCUGGCUCUCUGUUUCACUGUAUGCAAUGUUAUUUUAAGAAGUAAAAAUGUAAGUGAAAAUGGUAUCCUUUAAAUGUGAUGGGAAUGAAUAUACAUUUGUUUUGAGAAUAAAGCAAAGUGCCAAUUAUUGGUGGGUAAGGCCUCAUUGAGACCCUAACUUUGGGGUCAUUUAUCUUAAAUACAACCUCCAUUGAAUUAAUUCAAAUAACAAAUCUUUAAUUGCAAUCAAAACUAAUUAAACCUCAUUUCAGUUUAUCCAAUGAAUCAUGUAUAUUUAAUGAUUAUGUCACUGCCUCAUAACAUUAUACAGAAUUGUGCUGAUGACAUGUUUGUUGCAUGACCUUUGGCAGAAUGACAUUAUGCAUUGAUCAUUUAAUUGAUAUCAAACAAUAGUCUGCAACUAUAAGGUUUUGUGAUUAACUGACUUGAAUAUUCGUCUUUCUGUCCUAUCUUCUGUGCUGUUCUACAUUCUGCUGCGAUCUUUUUGUCGGUUAAGAACACAUCUGCAGAUGACUUUCACUAUUUAGCUAUGAAUUGCAACAAACAUUUAAUGUUAAUGGCAAAGGCUAACAUUCCCACUCCAUUUGUAUUUAAAGAAAGGAAAUAAUACACAAAAAUUAAAAGGUUGUGUGAAAAUUGUGGGGCUAGAUAGAAAUAAUCAGAAAAGGAGAAAUGACAGCUAAUAGGUCAGGGCAGAAUUCAAUGCAUUGGAUGAGUUGACUGUUUUGAAUUGGGCUUGAUGUAUUUUCAGAUUUUUACAUGGGUUGUACCUCAUUAUGCAUAAACCUUUUGCCUCUGUGCAUCAAAUACCAAAUAAUUUCAGAGUAGCACAUUUUAUUUAUCGACAAGGAUUCACAACUUAAAAAGGACUAAAUUUUCUGUGACACUUGAAUUCAAGUGUCAUCAAGCACAUAAAUGCAUGGGAGGAUUGUUCUCUGCCAUUAAAUUUCAAUUGAAUCUGAAAGAGAUUUCUAAUUCUGGAAAUCCAACUCUUCAAUUUAGUACACAUUCAGGAGGAGAAAAUGGACAUUUUACUUACAACAGUGCUAACUUGUCUGAAAACUGUCAAGGAAUAUAUUGCGAGGAAACUGAUUCACUUGCUGCCUUAACUUCAGGUCCUGAUGCCAUUCCAAAGACACAUUCAUCAUUCCAUGCAGCAUGCAUGAAGGAACUAGCAGGAGUACUAGACUGAACAGUGGGCAGCUAGAGAAAGGGAGGGAGCUGUUCUUCCUUUUACAAACAUUAUAUUCAUUUAAUGAGUGAGGUGCAUUCCUCUAACAAACUUUGCAUUCCUCUAACAAACUGCCAUAGGUCACUGCAAGGCCUGAAAUCUAAAAUUAUGUCAGCAUUGAAGACAAAGCUAGUCACAAGUCUUUCCAUUUUGUUUGACCCGUUAAACCACCCAUACUUACAAAAGUAUAAGAUUGGAAUUGCCUGACAGGGCUGUUGAUGAUGGAUAAACUGGUGGAUGUAGCCACCAUACAAUUCAUUGUAACACUUUACAAUAAUAGUCACUAAAUUAUAAAAAUGGUGUUGUACAGACUUCAUUCAUAUCUCAUAGCAAAAUGUUAUGCACAAAUUUUAUCUACACUGCUAUCUGCAAACCUUGACAAUUUUGUUCCGUAACUCAGAAUUGCUGACAACAACUUAAAUAGAAUCAUACAUUUCUGCCAGGUAGAAUGUCGCUAUUGAUGUUGAUUCUUUUUAACAAAGGGUUAUAUUAGCAGUUUAUAACAAUUUGGAAAAGUGUACUAUAGCAGUUAUGUAUCACAUGGCAGAUCAUCAUUAUUUGCAUAUUUUAUGGCAUCAGCAUUAAAAGUAAUUCCUUUUACAUUAAGCUAAUUAUUUGGAAUUGAUCCAAAAGUGUCCUGUAAAAAUAGAUAAACAAAUGAAAUUUAAGCUAUUAAUGCUAAACAAUUCAGAUUUCCUGAGGAUUUGAUCUAUUAAAUUAUGAGAAAGACGUAUUAAUUACAUUCAGGAUGAAAACGUAUUCCCAUUUGAAAGUUAACUUCAAAGACAAUUUUCUACUAAAAAAUAGUUUAGUUUAACUACAAUACCUUUGCAUAGAUCUUACUAUACAAUUCUGUACGCAACUGUGACAUUAAUCUGGCUGCAGUUUCACUUGAGCAUUAAGUGCAAUUUUAAAAAAAUGGUGCAGGACGAUGAUGCCAUUUAGCAAAUGUGUGCCGCUUCUGGAGUAAUGCUUGCUCUUAGUUACAGCGUGUGUAUGAAAAAAAAAUUAGAGAUUCCUUUGUUAUUUAAAUAAUGUGAAUCUUUGUAGAAUGUGCUUUUCCAUUUCACUGAAAUAGGCCUGACCACUUGUGUGCAAUUCUCUGACAGUUGUUGGCACAACCUGAGAGUUCAGUGGCAAAGUGGGAUGGGAAAAACUACCAUGUCACUUUCGCAAUUUACACUCGUUGCAGAUGAUAAAAUGAAAAUUUGACUUAUUUACAUUUUAAAAUACAAACUAAACACCACUUAUUAAGAAAGAAAGUAAUUUUGUUAAUUGACAACCCAUAGUGUAUAAAUAUAGAUUUUGAUGAUCAUUCAUCUUUAAGUAACCGUUACAGAUUUAGUGGUUUCCUGAUUACAUUUUCAUAUCCUGGAAAUGUAAAUGUUCUGUAUUACAAUAGACAACAACUAGCAGGGCAUUUUAAAUCCUGCCUUAUUCACUGACUUCAAUGCAAAAAAUUCAAUUGUCUGGAUUGAAUAUUUUCCUGGAAGUACUUAAGAUGAAAGCAACAAUAAUUCCAGCUUGUUUAAUGAUAGGAUUAAAACUGUUAAUGAAUUGGAAAUGGAAAAAUCGAAGUACAACUUAUUUAAAGGAACUUGAUUAACAACAUGAUGGUUGCUGCCAUGAAUCUGCAACAAAAAAAACGUGUUUUCGAAAAUCUAAUUUUUCAUAAUAUUUGAAAAUACACUCCAAAAUAUUUCAAAUUGGCUGGUAGGGAAAAUUUUAAAAAAAUACUUUUGUUUUGCACUGAACUUGUUGCACAAUUAGGUGCCCCAAUCCAAUUGCAAUAUGUGUGCCAAUGCUCUUUGCAUUCAAUUACAAGUCUAUAACACAAGCAGUUCCAGAAGUCACCAGCCCCUCAGUACACAAGGAUCAGAACAUGGUCCUUGGCCUUGGAAUGUGCCAGUUUACAACAAUUGGUCAGCAACCUUCAGGCAAACCAGAGAGCAUCCUUCAUUCAGUCAUGGGCCUUUUGGUUGCAAUUGGUGUUUGUUUUGGUAUAUGCCCUGGUGACAACUUGUAGGCUGCUUAGGAUGAAUUUUGAUAGAGAGAAUGGCAACUCUAUCCAGACUUCCUAUGCAAAGAUACAUUUCCAGAAUGCAUAUCUUCUUUCGAAAUGUUCCUUUGCAACGAAGGUCUUGAUGCUCUAGAUGCAGCUUGGCUGUUGGAGAGAGAGCUGUCCCAACUAUAUCGAUCAUGUAUGAAAUCUCUGUACCACUGCAGAAAAGAAACUUAGUAAAGACAUUCCCAUUUCUUCUUACAUUUUCUGUUGGUAUUUUACUUUAAGUUGAAUUCUAAAUCUAUUUACUUGGAAGGUGACAAACUGAUCUAACUGUCCUAUCAUGAAUGAAGUUCUGAAGCAAAAUGUUUGAUGAUGAGAUUAUUUUCAUCGAAUUGUUCCUUCUCUGGGGAGUGCCAUGAUAAUAGUGAAGUUUUUACAAAGCUGUGUCAAGUACCUUCAUGUCUAAGUUUCCAAUUUUCAGCUGAAUCAUUUAAUUUAUUUGUUUCAGAUUUACAUAGAACCCUGUUUGUUUAUUUUCAGUUAAGUAUGACUCAGACAGAAAAGAAGCCGCACUGAGCAGCAUGAAUUUGGUUAGCAGUGAGCAGAUGUUAAGUUAUUGUAUUAAGCACAAAAAGAUCAGUUUAUGUUUGGCUUUGUUAAUAAUGGGAGGGAGAUAACAUGAGUUGAACACUUCACAAAGUAGUACUAAAUUGGAAACUAAUUGCAAACAAUGCCAAUAAUAAAACUAGACAUUUAAUUGGAACAUUAAAAAUCUCUUCAUCCAGUUUCUCCAUAGACGCAAUUUGACUAAAUAAAUUAUUAAAUUUUGUGACUUUUCAUAUUGUUAAAAUCACACUCUGGAAUCAUUAUUGAUGAUGCACAUUGGCAACUAAUAGCUGUUAUCUGACAUAAUAGUUGUUCCUGUUCUUAGUUGCAUGUUUUUAAAUACGUACUGACAAAAACUCAUGGUUUUUUUUGCUACUGGCCCAUUCUUUAAUUUAUGCAAAUUUGAACAUAGGUAAAUUUUAGUUAGUGUUUUCUACAUUGAUGGUAAUUAUGUGCCGUGAAUGAAAGCUAUAUCCAUAUUGUCCAGUUGUAAAGCUAGUAUUCUUUUCUGGAAUAACUAGCCUGUCACUACGAUCAUAUUGUCAAAUAUUUUGAAACAGUUCCAUUUUUCUGUUACACCAGUUCCUAAACAAAUUGUUUUAUGCAGCAAUUGUACCACUUAAAAUAUUCAUUAAAAAUCGUGAGCCCCUGGAAAAGAAAAGCCUAUUUAGACCAACAAAUGGAUAUUGUCUACUUAACUUGCUAUGAAAGGUACAGAAACUAAAAUGAAAAGGUCUUGAAGGCACAAAACAGUCUACUUUUCUUAUCUUGGUAACAUUGGUAAGUAUUAAACACAUUGUUAAUCUUAGCACAGAUUUUUUGAUAUAGUAUCAAGUUUACUGUACCGCAGCACAUAGGCAGAUCACACUAAAUCAUUAUAUCUGUUUUGUACAUACCACCAAAAGCUUUCAUCGUAAGCCAUCAGUUUUACUUCAGUAUAUGUCAGACCUUUAGCAGAAUGGUAUUUGUUUUAUUGUGUCCUUGGGCAAAAUAAUGUCAACCACUUGGAUAUUUUCAGUGCUCACUAUUACUCAGGCUUAUAGCUGCCUCAGAGAAGAUGGUUGUUCAUAAUACCAGAACUGAAUAGCCUUCUGCUUCAUUGUCCUGCAAGGUUACUUGUUGAAGUCUGUUGUCAGUAAUUGGAGUUAAUAGGGAUUGAAUGAAGAAGAAAUUCAGCAUGUUUUGAUAAUGAUUCUUGGCCCCAAAGUAAAAGCAGUUAACAUAUACACAAAUAGAAUGUGAAUUCAUAUGUCGCACCAAGCAACAAUGUUGUUAUUUAAAAAGGAUGUUUUUAAUCUACCAUUUUUAAGAUAAACACAAAUCACAGGAAACAUUUAAUAACGUUCUUGAAGUGUCUUUUUAUAAUGCUGUAUCUAUGUAUUCGUAAUUAUCAAUGUGAGCAUGUUAUGCCUUGCCAUCUGGAUAGUUCACAAAGCUUUUGCCAGACCAAAAACUAUUGCAUUUUAUGUCUUCUUAGAAUGAUAUAGUUACAGAGCUAGCAAGAACUAAACAAAAGAAACCUGUAAUUAUUAAGUGACUACCUUCUAAUUUUAAUCAGGUGGUCUCUUAAUCCUCACCAAGAUUGAAUCUUUUCCAUGGUUAGAUGACUAGAAGUGGGUGUAUUUUGUAGCACAUAUAUUUCCUAUUAGUCUAAGUAGCAAUUUGCAGGUUUACUCAUCAAAACAGAGCAAGGGGGACCACUGCAGUUAUUAGUAUGCAACCAUUAACCAUAUUAGUAUGUAAUUGCUUAGUAAAGGCUCUACUUGCUAUCCGACAUGUGGCAAGAGUCGUGAGAUUGGUGAAACAGGCCAUUGAAUGCAGGUGACUGCUGAACAAAAAUAACUGCUUGUUGGGGAGGGAUUUUUUUUAAACAAUGGGGACACAUGCAGGCCUGUUUUAAUUGGUUUAGAACUCUCGGUCACUAUCUUUUUUCAACUGUGCUAAGGGAGUGUCCAGAUUCUUUAUGCAUGCUGGUCAUAGGUUUCAAGCUGUACUAAUGUUGUAUUUGCUAGAGCUGUACUUUUGACUUGGAACUAACUGAUGCUUAGGCUAAAAAGUUUUUAAAAAGGCUUGCAUGUAUAUUUCCAACUAUCUUAUCAGAAAACAAAAUUCCAAUAGAUAAACCUAUUGCUGGCAAUUGUAAUGAUCAUUUUUUGUUAUGUUGCCCUCCUUUUUCGUACAUUGGGUCUAAAGUAAUGAAAUGAGAGGUGGAAGCCAUCAGUAGCCACUUUAUAUGUUGUGUUGUCAAAUUUUAUCUUUUGUCUCUUUAAUUGUAUAUUAUAGAAUAUGAUUAUACUACAUUGGAACCCUUCCAUCCAUUGGUUGGUAUUUAGAAUCCACAAAUGGUGAUAAUUGGAAUUCAAGAAUAUGCAAAUUAAAUUAGUUAAAAAUUGGUAAUUAAUGAAUAUAGUAAAGUGAAAGUCCAGGUGCACAGAUUUUGGUAAAUCUAGUUGACCGUAAUGAAUUCCAAUGCUAGUCAUUUUUGAAAAUGAAAUCUCAGAGAAAGUCAAAUUCUUGUAGUGUUAAAUGUUACCCAUCCUCUGAGCAUGAAGUUUGUAGUUGGAAGCAUACAUUUCUUUCAGCCUUACAAUGCAUUUUUUUUAAAUUGCCUUCCUGCCUACUUGAUUGGCCACUGCCUUACGCAAUCCUGAUCUACUUGCUUGGUGCUGUUGAGUCCUUGUGAUGUUCCGUAGUGCUUGAUUGCUGGUAUUUUUGUACUGGUAAAUUAUUUUUACUCAGCAGUAAUAAUAUUCUGAAUUUGUGAGUGUGUGUAAUUGGUGUGGCAUCUAAGAUGGCUGAUGCAGAAUGUGGCCUGCCUUUUUUCACAAAAUGUCAGAGAGACAGUGGGGAGAAUGAAAAAAAUAAAAGUCACCAGUCUUCACAAAA